AUGGGAAAUACACAUCCGGGUGCCGCAUCAACACCGUCAAAAUCUUUCAAGGGAAAGCUGGGACGUCAAAGAAGAUUGUCGGAUCCGAGUCAGAGCCAGAACGUCAAGAAUUCCCAUUUGGCUCCUGGAUCUUCUGGAAACUCGCAGUCUUGUACUACUCCACCAACUAUUCAAAUCAAUGGAAAAGAAAGUUUCGAUGAGUUCGAGCAUGGACAAUUGAGAGCUAAAAGUGCAAGCACUGACUUCUCAUCUCUCCGUUCCACGUCUCCAAUCGUUUACCAAAACAAAAGCCAGAAGAACAGCGCUUCGGAGCGCCGAAAAAUCUUUUUGACGUCUUCUACGAACCAGGAGGGCAUGGCUAGAAGUCUCGAUGAUUCGAUGACGGCAAAAAUGAGUUCGAUGAUUCGAACAAAGUCGCAUUCUCCAUUGAAACAAAUGAGGACAUAUUCCUUUCGGUCGAUUCCCAGCGAGGAGAAUCUGAUUGAUAAGGAGUGUUGCGAAAUCAUCGGCGACUCGUGGAGAAUCGUCGAGUCCCGUGCUUCUUCCACAUUCCCAACUGCUUGCUUCGGUCUCUUCGUUCUUAGACGUGUCCUACAGAGGAUCCCAAUACUGUGUCCGCUAUUCAGUCUUUCGGAGUCUGACGACAUCUUCAAAUUGCCCGAGAACCAUCCAGUUCGCCGUCACGCCCGUCUUUUCACCAAUAUUCUUCAUAUCUCGGUGAAAAAUGUGGAUGAAUUGGAAGCUCAGGUUGCACCGACUGUAUUCAAGUAUGGAGAGAGACACUACAGACCGGAUAUUACUCCACAUAUGACAGAAGAAAACGUCCGCAUCUUCUGUGCUCAAAUCGUCUGCACGGUUUUCGAUUUUCUUUGCGAAACUGAAGCAACACCAAAAUGUGCUGAAUCGUGGAUUGAAUUGAUGAGAUAUCUCGGUCAAAAACUACUAGACGGUUUCGACUUUGCGAAGCUCACGGCUGAGCGAAAAAUCUCAAUAAACCGAAACGAUCAUCAUCUGUUCCUCAUGUUAUGA